AUGAACGUGAUUUUUGAAUUAAUUAAAAAUGGAAUAAGGGUAUUUGGAAUAAAAAUUGGAUCUUUUUCAAAUGACAAUUUUGAAGAAUUGAGCAGUCUUAUUUACGAUGAAUAUUCCGGAUUUCAUAUAGUUGAGGGAUUUAAUAUUGCUGAAAGUGAAUCCUUUUUGAUAGUUUCUAAAGAAUCUUUUUUUCAAAACUAUGAAGUUAAAAGCAACUCCUUUAAUCUUUCUGAGUGCAAUGGAGAAAUUAAAAAGGAUAAAGGAAGAACGAAUUUGAACCAAAAUAAUGAAAAUUUAUUUAAAACCCCCAAAUUUAGUGAUUUGAAAUCCACUCAAACACAUGAAAUUGGAAGCGCAAUAGCAUGCAAUACCCCCACAAAAACUUCAUGUAACGCGGAUAUAAAUAUAGUUGAAAAGGAGGGAUUUUUUAUAAAUUCAUUGUUUGAAGAUACAAAUGAAUCCUAUUUUUUAAAAGAAUUGAUAGGCCUUGAUCGAGAAAAAUGCGAAUUAACUGACUAUGAAGAAAGCUUAUUUAAAAUUCAAGAUUACAGCGCUACUCCGAAAUUUCCAGAUUCAAAAUAUACACAAAAGUUUAAAAAUGAUGGAAUUUAUUUAACUUCAGAUAGUUUUGAUUUUUAUUUUGAUGAUAAAAUACGUUUGAACGAUGACUUUAAAAAGUCUGAUUUGUUACUACUUCUGAGACUGAAAAGAAAGAAACUCGCCAUGUUAGAGACCCAAUUGAAAAGAAAUUUGAAAUUACUGGAUUUUAGUGAUUCUUCUGAUACUAGGAGCCUAUUUAUUGAUAAUUUCAGCUCAAUAGAAAAAAUAGCCAAAUGCCCUGCCCAACUUUACUUCAUAAAAAGAAGAAUUGAUAAUAUAAAAGAAAAUAUUGAGAAUACAGAAAGAGACAUUGCCAUGUUGAAAGAAAAUACUUCUGAAACUUAUUAG